AUGACGCUGUUCAUUGUGUCGCUAUUCUUACCCUACACCGUCAAUUUCAGCUCCAAGUAUGCCAGCGCGGCAGCUUCACAGCAGACCACACCACCAGAGUCGGACGUCACCACACCAGCCGUUGGCAGACAUGAUCCAGAAGACAACCCAUUCAGCAUCUGGCAGGCAGCUCGAAGCAUGCCCAAGACUCCCGGUGCCACAACCAGUCUCGAGAAUAUCUUCCAGCCACACGUCGAUCGGUCAUUGAGCUCAAACUUGUCCUUCAAGCUGAGAAAGCUAUCGUUAUCGGCCAAUACCUCUGCGUCGAACCUCUCUACCAAGUCAAUGCUGCGAGACCCUCAUCUGAUGCCUCUGCACUCACCUGCAGACGUUAAUGCAUUGUACCGGAAUCAACCCAUGUCUAAAGCUCUAGCAGCUCCGCCUCACGACGUACGACAUUACAACACCCAGGCAGCCAAUGUCUUCAAUACAGAAUUAGCUAGAGCUCCGAGGCAGAUCCAGUCCAGAGUUUCCAGCAACGAGAAGUACACUGAAGAUAAUUACACUAUCGAGCAUGCUGGUCAAGGCAACGGUGGACUCUAUCACGUCAUCGAUGCUGUCAGUGACGCCGGUAUUCUGGGCGACAAAAGCUGGAUCGGUCUACUUGGCAUGCCUACGGACUCUCUGGACGAUAAUCUCAAGUCAGUCAUUGCAGAGAAUUUGCAAGACGAGCAUCAUUGCCUGCCAGUCUAUGUCCCAGAUGGAGACUUCGAUGGACACUACGAGCACUUCUGCAAGACCAUUCUGUGGCCCAUAUUCCACUACCAGAUUCCUGAUCACCCGAAGAGCAAGGCAUAUCUCGAUCAUUCAUGGAUCUACUAUGUCAAGGUCAACCAAGCUUUUGCGAGUCGAAUCAUCAAGAACUACAAGAAGGGAGACACCAUCUGGAUUCACGACUAUCAUCUGAUGUUGCUGCCUCAGAUGCUGAGAGACAAGCUACCCGAUGCCAAGAUCGGCUUCUUUAUGCACACAGCCUUUCCUUCGUCAGAGGUGUUCCGUGUGUUGGCUACCCGAGUCGAGCUCUGCGAAGGCUUACUUGGCACCAACAUGAUUGGCUUCCAAAUCGACGAAUACGCUCAGCACUUCCUGCAGACAUGCAGCCGCAUUUUGAAUGUCGAGGCCAAUGCUGAUGGCGUCUUCCUCGAGGAUGGCCGUUUUGUUCACGUUGUCACAACACCCAUCGGCAUCAACCCAAAGAACCUGGACAAGAUGCGAGCUUUGCCUGAAGUCACUGACUGGACCACUCAGAUCGCCGAACGCUAUGCGGGAAAGCGGAUUAUAGUCUCUAGGGACAAGCUCGAAUCGAUUCACUUCGCCAAAGACACUGUCCUGAUCCAGAUUGCUACCUCGGGUUGUGAGGACAACGACAUCGCCGCCAAGGUCGCCGACGUCGUCACAAGAAUCAACGGCACGUGGUCCACUUUGGCCCAUCAACCAGUUGUCUACUUGCGACAAGACAUCGAUCACUCACAGUAUCUUGCUCUGCUGGGAGUCGCCGAAUGUUUGCUGGUGACUUGUCUGCGAGAAGGAAUGAAUCUGGCCGUUCACGAGUACAUUUAUUGUCAAGACGGCAGACUGACUAACAGAAAGUACAAUUCUGUCGUGCUCAGCGAGUUCACCGGAUCAGCUUCUUUGUUUGGCAAGAACGCUCUGCUGGUCAAUCCCUGGCAUCACCGAGCCUGUGCUGAUGCUAUCAAGCAGGCACUGACGAUGUGCGAUGCCGAUAAAAAGACGCGCUGGGACAACAUGUACGAUGUUGUCAUGAAACAAGACGGCACAAAAUGGUUCAAUGUCUCAAUGCAGCAGCUUGACCAUGCUUGGACUCAUCACUCCGAUCGUGAUGUCGCCAAGGUUCCUCGGCUCUCCGUUCCCGACCUCGUCUUGCGAUACGGCAACUCCAAGCGUCGUCUAAUCAUACUCGACUAUGAGGGCACUUUGGUCUCGUCUACCACGCAGAAGAUCAUGUUUCCACCCCCAAAGCGGCUCACCGACAUCCUCGACGAUCUCAUGGAAGACCCGAAGAAUACAGUCUAUGUCAUGAGCUCACGCAUGCCGGAAGAACUCGAGCAGCUGUUCAAGCUCGUGCCAGGCAUCGGGCUUAUCGCCGAGGACGGUGCUUUCAUCCGGGAAGCUGGCGCAGCUGACGAAUGGCUCGAGCUUGCCGAUCUUGACCAUGUGUCCAAGUGGAAGGAGGGCAUCAGAGACAUGCUCAAGUACUCAACCGACCGAGUUGAGGGCUCACUUAUCCAAGAACGCCAUUCAUCCCUUGUGUUUGACUAUACCGACGCGGACGACAUGGUCUCUGCAGUCAAGCACGCCGCCGAAUGUGCCAAUCACAUCAAUGAAGCCUGCGCCAACCAACAGGUCCAAGCUCUUCCGAUUGACAACGGCAUUAGUGUGUCUGGUAGCGACCUGAACAAGUCGACUGCUGCUGCCAUGAUCGAUGAGAAUUUGCGCAAGCAGUCAGUCGACGAGGGCGAGCCCGACCUGGAUUUCUUAUUGGUCAUCGGAGACUCUCGUGAAGAUGAGUAUGUGUUUGAGUGGGCUCAGGAACAGAAGAAUCAGGGAAUCGUCGAGAACGUGUUUACUGUGACGUUGGGGAGUCGAAAUACGUCAGCGGGUGCUACGUUGACCCAGGGCGUGACUGGUGUGGUGAGUGCGCUGAAGAAGCUGGCUGCCACUGCUUGA